UUGUUUCCUUUCUUUUUUACUGUUAUUAUUAUUAAAGUCAUGUUGUCCACUGUUCCGACCAGUUUUUUUUCUGAUCCGAUGCUCGACAACGAUCCAUUUUCGGCUUUCGGAAGUGGCUUCACGCCGUGGGAAUAUUGCUCGGAUCUUUUUUCCACCACCCAAUCGACAGGACCUGCAAGAUCGGGUUCCCGUUCAGAAGAAGCAAAACAAAAUCAAAUCAACUCAAACUCCGUUUCGGAUGAACCAAACCAACAGGUUUCUGUCAUCGACGAACGCAAGAGAAGACGUAUGAUUUCGAACCGCGAAUCAGCCAGGAGGUCACGGGUGCGUAAACAGAAGCAUUUAGAAAACUUAAGGAGCCAGGUGAACCGGCUUAGAUUCGAGAACCGAGAACUGAACAAUCGGUUGAGGUUCGUUGUGUACCACUGUCAUAGUGUAAGGACAGACAACGAUCGGCUCCAGUCUGAAUAUAGUAUGCUCCAACAAAAAUUAUCGGACAUACGUCAAAUUUUGCUAUUCAAGCAACUGCAGCAGUUUUCAUCUGCGCGGCCAUGCAAUAACGUUACUGUCAUGUCCGAAUAAACCCCACCAUUAAUCACUGAAUACAUACCUAUAUCUAUAACUUACAAUAAUGGCAUCAUUAAAACUCUUUCUAAUACGAGAACGAAAUUAGUCCUAGCUGAUCUCUAUCUCUCCAUCGCUCUCAUCUGUCUUUCUGUAAAUUUAACAGGUGUCAGAGAAACCAUAAUGGUGGGUUUUUUUAGGGCGGAUGAGCCAAUAUUUUUGCUAAACAUGAUGAAGAAAAAGAAAUGGUUUGAUUUGAGAAACCAAAGUAUUUGUAGUGUAAAAAGAGUUAGCGUUCGGUUUUAUCAAAGUUAUUUUUGUUGUU